AGCAAGAAGGAGACUGCACCACAGAAACCACGCGGCCCCUGAGGGGCCCCAGCUCUGCAGGGCCUGGCCGCACAGCACCGACCUGGCGCCGGGUGACACCGUGCGCCCGCAGCUGCUGCUCCUCUCUCUGCAGGGCCUGCUUUUGGACAGCCCGAGAAAACACUCUGUAUUCCUUCAUCACGCAGACAAAACAUGCUUACUGUAGGAAGUACUAGAACAAACACUUUGUAAUUGCAUUUAUUUUUAAAAAAGCUCAUUGGUGACACGCUGGUAUAUGGACUUGCAGUCGUUGUUCUCUAUGUACACACUUCUCUUAUUUAUUCUAAACGAGGCAACAUAUUAUCAUAUUUCUCAUCUCCUUUUUAGACUAAGUGACGUGUUCUGGCCGUGUCACUCCCAGCGGCAGCUCAGCGCCGCACUUACGGAAACGCACGUGCUUCCUGUGCGUGCUGAGUCCCUCGGAUCCAGGGCGUCGGGACAGGUGUUCACAGGGCAGGUUCCGCAGCCAACCGCCCGGUCGUCUCUGAAUGGCGGCAGAGCUACGGACAGAUGUGACCCGGGAGGCCUGGCCCAGCCGGGGCUCUCGGAAGGUUUCCCCCGCCCCCAGCUGGGAGAUGCACAGGACGCAGCCAGGCAGCCGGGUGGCGAGGGUGACCACUGGGUUCCAGCAAGAAGCCGCCUCUGGCUGAUGGUGAGCAGCAGUGACCCGUCCAGUCUGCCUGCCGUGGGGACUGGCCUGGCAGGAGGCUGGGGUGGGGACGGUGGACCUGACUGUGGUGUGGAGAGACCCGGAAGGCCGAGAAGAGGAGGGACCAGGAAGAGGAAGCUCUGGAAGAGAAGGUUUGGAACGAGUUUGACAGCCGUCGAGAAGCAAGAGAAAAGGAUGAGAGGUCAGGGACACGGGGGAGGGUGGGUCACUGCUGGAUGGAGUCAGGUAGAGGAGGGGCUCCCACAGGCCACGCGGGAUGGAGAGCAGGGGACGUGGCUCCUGGGGCGGCAGCAAGACUUAUGCAGAGGACACUGCAGACCCAGGACUGUGGCGUGGUGGGUCAUGGGGAUGGCAGCCAGGCCAGGCGGGGAGGGCGGGAGACUGGCCUGUCCAGCUGGCAGCAGAGAAGGAGCGGUGGGCCCAGCGGCCAGAAUACGUCUCGAGUCAGCCUCUCACGUUUGUAUUUUGGAGAUGCUGAGAGAUGCUCUGGAGCAGAAGCGGGAGCGGCGCGUGGACCGCUCACGGCGGCCCGUGAGUUGGAACCUGAGCCCCGCUCUCCACUCUCCGCCUGGGCGGCCGUCUGUGCCGCCGCUGCCUGGAGGCCGGGCUCUGAGGGCAGUGGGCAGAGAAGCGUGGGCUGCGGGCCAGCUGACCUGGUGGAAAAGGCCCGACACUCGUCAUGAGUGACAGCGGCGGGGCGCCCCUUCCGUCACUGCAGACGCUCUUGGUGCCGCGCCCCUGCAGCGCACGCUGACGCCUCCUGGCCCGAGCCGGCGCCGAGACUCUUGGGCAGCAUGGGACUCUGUGCUGCGAUUAUUAACAUUUAUUUGAAAAUAAACAUUGUCAAUAAAGAGUAUUAGGAAAAACGUUCAGCAUUGGUUUUUCCAAACAUUAUGUGUACUUUUUAAAAAGCCAAAAAAACUCCUGUUUCAGACCAUUCCAGGACCCGGGUAAUUAUGGUGAUAACGGUGGUGAACCGAACGAGCCGCUGAGAUUUCCUGUGAAUCCAGCUGGACUAAUCACGGCCCCACGAACACCCGGAUCACCACAGAGCUGGGAGGUGACCCUGCGUCACUGCCCCGUGCGCAGACAGGGCUGGGCUUCCGGGCCGAGGCGGGUCGCCGGAGCCGCCUCACGAGGCAGAUUCCACGGCUGUGGCCCUGGAGCGCCAGACCGCGCAGGCCGGGCGCCUGGAACACCUGACGCCUGGCGACCGUGAGACCUUAUAGAGUCCUUAGGGUACAACGUGUAACCGCGACAACACCAGGUUGUCAUUCUGCUGCCACCUGCUACUAAUCCUGCACUUUCUGUGUGCAAAAAAUCUGAGCGCAAACCGGGUUUUCCUAAUGAAAUGUUCACGGUGACUUGCAAGAUCUGUGCAAAGGCACUGCAGCUUCACCCGACAAAGUCACUUCCUUCCCUGUUUUCUGCAGCCCUGACACUCUCCACUCUCCGGCCUGGCGUCUUUGCUCACGUGCCCGGGGAGGAUCGCAGACAGCAGGGGAGCCUGGCGCGGCGUGAGCUCCAGGAACCACUCCUGAGGGCCGUGCCGCAGCCGGCAUUGAUACGGAGCAGGGAAUACAGCUGUUGUUUCUAAACACUCUCUCUUCCUUCCUAUUCUUCCUGUUGGUUUAUAUUUUUAAAAGGCAGAAAGGACACGGAGGCCAGUCAGGAAGGCCAGUUCUGUGCUUGCGCUGCCACGAGGGCCCAGCGGACACGGCUGGGCCUGACGGAGUCCUCUGACCGACAGUCCCCAGCUGAAGCCCGUGGGCCAUGGGUGGAGAAAACUCACCCUGGCUCACGGACUAGGUGGAGGGAUCUGAACAGCUAUGCAGUCUGUGA